AUAUAUUAGUCUCUGCCAAAGCUUCUUCUUCCAUCUUCACCUUCGCGACCACAAUAGAAGAUGAGCGAGAACGAGAGCAAAAGACAGACGCGGUCAUCAUUGCCGAGGAUGUGACCCAGAUCCAGAAAAAGGUCUAAGAGGGGCUAUUGAUAAAGCUGAAGAAAUUGUCGUCAGUAUGCCAAAACCAAAUGCUUACAGUUUGAUAACGUUACCUAGAUAGUGUGAAGGAACUGCAGAUACACUUGAAACUACGGGACCAGAAAUGUGGGGGGACUCUUUGAAUGGUGUAGACCUGUUUGCUGCUGCAAUUGGAACUGGUUGGAUUGUUACAGGAACUAGGCAUUACUUUAAAAUGAUGAACAUCAUCAUUCGGGUCUAUUUGGUUUUAAAAUUUACUGGUUUACAAUGUCCAUUUAACAUCAAUAGUUUCACUACUCAAUAUGAUCUAGACCCUUGUUCCUGCAAGAUAUCAGUAUAUAAUAUAAGGAAAGUUUUGAGCUGAUAAUAGUGUUAUACAUUUGAAAUUUGUUUGCUUAAUCGGAUACAUUCAUUCUUAGAUUUUAUAGGUACCAAUAUACAAAGUCAAAGUAUUAGUAUUAGUUUCUCUUUUGAUGCAUCCCCUUGAAAUCUGUUAACCCUUUGAACAACUUGUGUUACUUGGAUCGUUGGUGAGGAACCUGCAGAGGGAAGUGUAAUCUCUGGGGACAAUCCAGAUGAAAAGCUUUCUAUUCGGUUACAUAAGCAUAAAUGAAAUUUUUGUGCUCUUUUUUUGCCUUCUUUUCUUUUAGCAUGAAGAUUUUGGUGCAGGUUAUGGGCAAAGCAAUCUCGGAUGUUAAGUUGCUUGAUGAGGUUUCCAAGGUUACCACUGAUGAAGCUAUUGAAUUGUCUAGGAGAGUAGUGUUGGAGGAAGGUCUGCAGGUAAUAUGCAAAUAUAUUUCUAUAUGAACAUCUACUGCCAUUCUUCAUUUUAUUUUUUCAUAGAGCAUAGGUUGUUUUUGUUUUUGAUUAUUAUGAAUGGCUGAAUUUUAGUUACCAUGAGUGGCUGACUUAUCAUUAUUUUUGGCUAAGGGUGCAGAAUUGCCUGAA